AUGUUUAAACGUAGCCUUUCUACUAAAAAGUUAUUUGAGAGAAAACCUCGCCCAAAUUCAAACACAGAGCCGAAUGCAGGCAAUAUUCUGGACGAAGGCAAACCUCGCCCAAAUGUUGGUGAGAACCACCUGGAUGCAGGCAAACCACCCCUACAUCCAGGCGGAGACCACCCGAACGCAGGCAAACCACCCAUAAAUCUAGCCGGAGACCACCCGAACGCAGGCAAACCACCCAUAAAUCUAGCCGAAGACCACCCAAACGCAGGCAAACCACCCAUAAAUCUAGCCGAAGACCACCCAAACGCAGGCAAACCACCCAUAAAUCUAGCCGAAGACCACCCAAACGCAGGCAAACCGAUAGAGAAGAAGAGAAUCGAGAAAGGUUUGGAGGAAGUAGAUGAGAAGAAUCGCGAACAGAAACCAGUGAUGAAAAAGACAAUAUCAAUGUCGUCGUCAUCUAGCGACAAAGACAUUGACGAAGAUGUGGCGAGUGCUUCCGAACUGGAACGAAGCGGACGACGGAAGAGUAAAAUGAUCCCUGGGGUAAGUGAGUGGUGUUGAGGGAUAGUAAAGGUGGUUGAAGGAUAUUUUUGUUGUUAAUUUCAGGACUCCUUGUCCCGAUCCUAAAUACCCAUGAGUGUAUAGCGAGAAUGAAACCCACGAUGUCAGAGGUUAAAGGUGGUGACGACUGCGCCACCAAAGAAAGCCCCGCAAGAAGGUUUUAAAUAAGCGGCUGUCGCUCUUGUUUCCUGCUAAAGCAUCAUGGGAAUCCACGUCUCGGGGGAAUGUAUUUUAUCUGUUUAUGUGGAUACAGCUGAUUAACUUCACUUUUGUAUUUUAAUUAACAUCUCCGCGCUCAUAACUACCCAAAAUUACAAUUUAAUUUGCCUUAUUACCGCGCAGUUAGCUUCAUUUAGUUCGCAACUUAUUUUUGAUGUUAAUUACGUGCUGGAAAUAUUUUGAAGUCAUGGAUACAACACAAAGUCUUCAUUUCAUUCUCUUCACGGGCGAAAACGUUUUACAUUAUACGUAAUAAUGAUUGAACCCUCGCCCACGAUUUUAUUAUCGUGAUCAUAUAACACAAUAACACUAAAACUUUUUUGCAUGACGCACUUGUCAGAGUAAAGCCUGAUUUGCACUAUUAAAGUUUCUGUGAUCACAGUAGGAAUUUUGCAGAGGUAAAUUCUGAAGGAUUUAUAAGAAAUGUUUGAGGAAACAGACUCAGUGUUUAACAUUAAGUCAGUUCCUCAAACGUUUCUUACAAAUCCUUCAAAACUUACCGAUUGCAAAAUUCCUACUGUGAUCACAGAAACUUUGAAAAUGUAAACCAGGCUUUGAUUUAAGCUCAUUUUCAUCCAUUUCCAGACAGUUUCACGCAUUCUUCUUGAAUGUUAUUAAAAUUAUACUUUUGAAGAUCGGCGUAAGAACAAAACUGUCCAAACAACAAAAUCCAAUUGAACAGCUUUCAUGAUGUGUUGUUUUAAAUCAACUUUUUAUUGACACAAAAUGGGACUGUGUCCACAAAAACACUUUGGCAUGCACUUAUUUAAAUAACAGAAAAACAUAUUUGCAACUUGGCCAACGUUUUAACGUUGAAAUAAGAACAUCAUGGGUUGAGGGGGUUGUAUUUCUAAUUAUUGAACAGUUGGAUACUGAUUCAUUGAACUGUGGUGUAAGCUGAUACUCUGUUUAUUGUGGGUUCAUAAUCUGUAUUAUGAUGUCAAGAAUUACAUCGGGUCUUUGACAGUUUUCAACUAAAAUUGAUUAAGAAAAUGUCUUCAAUUUAAUAAUGCGGAACAAUAAAACGAAGCGGCCAGGGGCUAAGGCCACUGAACGCAAGAAGCUGUCAAAUAAUCGGCCACACAAUGAUGAGAAGAGGGAAUUACACUUGUUAGGAGCAAGACGUGAACAACUUCGGUCCUCUUCGAUGCCUGCAAUGGAGGCUUUGUCUGAAGUGAAAGAGAAAUCCCGGCCACAUAGCGCGGAAAAUAGUGUUCAUACAAGCCAAGUGAAACUCAAGACAUUGUUACAUUGUAUGUUAGCUGGAGAAUGGAUGAGCGCUCUGGGGCGGAUGUCCAAUUUGGAAGAAAAAUCACCGGAACUUAGCCAGUCUAAUGUAAAUAUAUAACUCAUGACUUUUUUUUAUUCUCACACGUGGCGAGUUCAAUUCGGGUGACUUGGUUUGUUUGUCAUCUGAGUUAUAUCCUUAAUCUAAGUGACAUGCCUCGUCUAUCAAUUCUACACUAUUCUUCUUGGAGGUCUGGUAGGUGUAAUGGAUGUAUUGGUCGGUCCAGUGUCACUACAGUUACUGAGGCCUUCGGUGUCGCAAUUGUCAGACCUCUGAGGUCCUGGGUUCGAUUCUCGCUACGGACUCACGACACUUAUGUGAAAAGAGUCAGUCAACGCUCUACCGAAAGUCGUGGGUUUUCUUCGGGUAUUCCGGUUUCCUCCCACAGGGAAUCUCGACAGGGUGGGUUGGGGUUAUCCCCCUAACUGACCCUUCCACCGUAGAUGUGUUCCUUGAUCAGACAUGAGUCAUAAGGUGGCUGCCAGAUGUGUCCUUAGAAAACCUUCGACUCGAUCAGGUUGAGCUGCAUCCUUCGUAAUUCAGCUUAGCUCUCAGCUGCAAGUAAGAUUGAUUACACCCCACUUCCUUACUUACUUUAACCCUAAUACUUUAACAGUAAUAUUUCUUUGUUAAUUUGUGAUUGAAGAUUCUGACUUUUCUUUCAGGUAAAUGGUUCAACUCCCAUUAUGGUGGCGUGUAAAGAAGGGAAAUAUGCGUUAGUCGAGAAACUGUUGGAGAGAGGAGCUUCUCUAUCUGACAUCGACAUGGUAUGUAUACGUUCAUUUAUUUCAAAACUGUUAGCCACGUUAUUUUGACAUUCUUCAGCCUCGGUCAAAUGAGAAUGAAAGUUGAGAAGCGAAAGUUUGCAUGAGAGUUGAUGAAAGUUGAGAAGCGAGAGUUUGCAUGAGAGUUGAUGAAAGUUGAGAAGCGAGAGUUUGCAUGAGAGUUGAUGAAAGUUGAGAAGCGAGGGUUUGCAUGAGAGUUGAUGAAAGUUGAGAAGCGAGAGUUUGCAUGAGAGUUGAUGAAAGUUGAGAAGCGAGAGUUUGCAUGAGAGUUGAUGAAAGUUGACUGGAUAUUAUUGGUCAAACGAGCAAAAACUUUUAUCCACUCUUAUGAAAUUUGAACCAGCUCAAAGUUAAUGAGCCUUAUGAGAGUUGGCGCUCAAUCACAACUCUCGUCAACUUCUCAUCAUGGUUUGUGCUGUGUGAUCGUACACGAGUCAUGAGGCGGCUGCCUUACUCUCAAUUUAACGCAGCCCUUCAAUUCGACCAUGUUGAGCUGUGUCCUUCGUAGUUCAGCUUUGCUUUUAGCUGCAAGGAAGGAUGAUUAGCACACUCCACUUACUUGCAUUUCUUGAACCUAGGAUGGUAUGACUGCACUACAUUACGCCUCGCUCUCUGGUUCAGAAUCUACGGUCAAAGUGUUGGUGAAACAGAAAAGUGAUUUAACGUUGUCAACAAAUGUAAGUUCAGCAAGGCCCUAUCCACCGGGUAGUGAUUUUUCAAGAGUUGUUUCGGCCGAUUAACAACUUGAGUCUAGCCCAUCAUGUAAAAUACAAUGUUAUAUCUUGUUAUGAUAGAAACAAGGUCAGACUGCCCUUCAUUUGGCGUGCACACGUAUUGCGGGCGCAGUUUCAGUUGUGAAGUUUCUUGUGAGGUCGAUGGGCGACGAAGCCAAACUAAUGAAAGACAAAGUACGUACUGUAGCGUCUGGUAUCGUUAUUGAAAUAUGAACAUAUUGAUAUCUUUCCUGAGCGCAAGUUCGGCCAGACCUUCUCUUUUUAUCAAGCCAUUCUUACUUUUAGGAUGGUAACACCCCGCUACUUUUAGCCGUGGAGACUGGAAACCAACUUGUCGUGAGAGAACUAUUGACAAAUAAAGCAAAAGAACAACUCAAGAUUGUUAGAUCAGUAAGUUGCAACAUAUGCGUAUGUAUAUCUGAUAAUUGAAGCAUGCGCUGGGAAUGGUUUAAAUGGCGUGAAAACUACCCAUCCCAUGAGUUCAUUGGCGAAGUAACUUUUUAAAACUAAACGUUGUCUAAGCGGAGAAAAUCAAAGCUAAAGUUUAUGUAAGUGGACAUGAUUUUUUAUUACUUAAAACCAGCGACACGGCUGUGGGAAAUCACUUUAUGAAUAUGAAUGAAUUAUGAAUUAUUAAUGCGUUCUUUAUGAAUUAUUAAUGCAUUAUUUUUAAUAAUUAUUGUUAGAAUAUAUAGUGGUAUCAACGAGUUAUUUGUGAUGUGCUAAAAUCUAGCAGAUUUCUAAUUAACUAUCUUGGAUUCCUUUACGACAAUCAUACAAAAAGCAAAUUAUAAAUUAAACUCUAAAAAUUAUCAUUUGUUUGUAUUUUCAGGAUUCUGGUGACUCGGCUUUUCAUUACUGUGCUCGGAAGAAAGAUGUGGAAAUGGCGCGUAUUUUACUCGAUGCAGGCUCCGCAAUAAAUCUGAAGAAUGUAAGAAUAUUAAAGAAUAUACCAAAUGGCUUUCCGUAAAGGAUAGCGUCAUCCAUGCGGGAUGUUGCUCGACUUUCGGAAAGCGUAAAAAAACACGAACUGCAAUUCCAAGUACGCAGAAAACGAAAAACCAUUUGGUUAUUGUUUUAUAGCAUAACCACUGAAACAACGGUUAAUUUUAUAAAACGUUAAUUUUAUUAAGUCGCAAUGUGCCCUAAUUCUCCCCACUUCAUUAUUUUACUCUGUUUAACGUCAGACGAUUUCACUUGGUCAAGGGGAAAAUGUUGUGCAUGAAUUAAAGUAUAUGACAUAUGGAUAUUUUGUAUUUCUAUAACAGAACGAAGGCCAAACAGCAUUUCACAUCGCAGCUUAUGAGGGGGACGAAAGUAUGAUUAAACUUUUGAGCACGUCGAACAAACUGUCAGCGGAUAUUCAGGACAAGGUAAUGUAUGUUUCUCUUUGUUUCGUCAACACAACUAAAGGAGACAUGACGCAAACUAUUUAUUAUCCCAUUUGAAAAAAAAACCCUCAAAAUAAUUAUUUUUUAUUUGCAAUGCAAAAUUUUUAAUACAAAUACGUCGUAUUAAUAUUAACUGUAUGUUAGCUAUGACUUAAAUCUUUUUCAUUUUAUUUCAGCAUGAUCGCACUGCCGUGCAUAUUGCUGCUGAAAGAGGAUUUUCAGAUAUUGUUGAAUAUCUCGUUGAUAAAGUGAAAGUCGACGUCAACUUCAGGGCUAAGGUUAGAGUUAACAAAACAUUUUGUUCGAUAAGUUUUGCUGCACACACUAUAAACGUAUAAACAUUUCCUGGACUUCUGAUUGGGGGAGAAUUUGCCAAGGAAAUUAUUAAAUUAUUUCUUUUAAUUAUCUUUUAGUCUGGUGACACGCUUGUUCACAUUGCUGCUCAAAAUGGUCAUUCCGAAACUGUUCUUACGUUAUUGAAGAAAGGAGUUCCACUCCAUAUGCCAAACAAAGUAAGUUGAGUAUAAUUGAGUCGCUCGGCCAGGUAGCGUGCCAGUCAAUCAGUCAGUCGUGCUCUCGUGAUAAAUCAUUUUUCUAUAUUUCUCCAGAGUGGUGAGGUAUCUCUGCACGCAGCAGUUCACUGUGGUCACGUGGGAGUUGUAAAGGCGUUGUUAAAUAAGGGAGCUUCAGUGGACACGAAGACUAAGGUAAUAUCACUCAUCAACAAUAUUAACGCAUUUUUAUCUAAUCAACGCAUGCUAUUGGUUCGCGAUGUAUGCAUACGUCAGGGAAAUGGCGUCAUUGGAGCGUCUGUCUUCUAAUACGCUCGACCAAGGCAGAAUAAACUCGGAUUUUUAACUGGUAUUUUUCUGAAUGAUUAUAUUUUCUAGGAUAUGUAUACUCCAUUGCAUAUUGCUGUGCAACACCGCCAACCAAGAGUAGUGCAGACUCUGUUGGGGUACGGAGCAAAUGUUCACCUCAAGGGGGGAAGGGUAAGUAGCGUUUUACCACAUAAACCAAUCACCAAUGUAAAAUGCUUCUUAUGGAUUGUUGCGCUAACGCCUCGUGAAAGCAGUCUUAGAAACAACCCUAGGCUUGUUUUAGUCGCGGCUUAUUUCGGGUGAGAUGCUUUUUACUCUUUCUAAUUGAAUAAACUAAUCCCGAUUCUAUAUUUUCCUUUUUUAAAAGCUUGAAGAAACUCCCCUCCACAUCGCUGCUCGUAUAAAAGGCGGUACAGGGGUUGCAGAUAUGUUGCUGAAGAGCGGAGCUAACGUCGAUGUCCCUCAGGAGGUGCGUAUCAACUAUUUGACCAUAUUUCGUCCCAAGUCGCAGUAAAAUAAACUUUUUCCUUGUGUUUAUGUGUUAGAAUGGCGAGACAUCACUUCACAUUGCUACAAGAAAUGGCAAUCUUGCUAUGGUUAAAUUAUUGCUGGUCGAGGGCGCCAACGCGUCUAGGAAAUCCAGGGUAAUGCAAUGUUAUGUACUUUAACAUAUGGUGUCCAUUACCAAAUUCAUUUCUAAGAUGCAAUUUUGUUUCUUAGACUGGAGAAAUUCCACUUCACAUUGCAAUCGAGAAAUCAUUGGAAGAUAUAGUCCUGGUUCUAGUCAAUCACACGCUCGCGUCAUGUCUCAUGGUCACACAUGGAGUUAAGUUGAUUGUGAACUCGCCCAAUAAGGUAAGAUAUUUGACGCUGAUUUACUGACACCACUGAGCUCCACAUAUAUCUGGAGUGAGAACUUGGGUGAACACUGCCAUUCAGUUCCAAUCAAGUGAUCGGAAUGUUCCAUUGUCUUUUCAUUGUUUAGACAAUCCCUCUGUUCUCCAAGCCAUCCAGUCACUCGCUGUGUUAAACAUGUACUUGAUGUGUUUCAUUUAGAAAGGAGAAACGCCAUUGCAUUAUGUUUGCAAGUUGAGGAACGAUAAUGAAAUUGGAGAACGUGAUUUAAGAACAGCAAAACUUUUAUUGAAAUAUGGCGCUAAUCCCAACCUAGAAACUGCUGAGGUAAGUCCUUUGAAACUCUUUAUGUUGUUUCUGAGCAAGUCGAAAAUGAAAUCAUUGUUGCUCACAUUUGGUUAAAUACUAUUUUGCGAAAUUUCAUGCUGUCCCCGAAAUUCACCCAGGUGUUUAAACGAGAAUGAGAGUUAAUGAGAUGAAAAAAACGUUAAUGCAUUUCUUUGAAUUUCUGUUCCUGUAGGUGAAGGAAACGGCAGUUCAUUACUGCGCACGACAUGGAAAUAAUGAAAUACUUCUGGCCUUAUUUAACGCAGUGUCUGCUGACGAAGUACAGAGAUUGGUUAAUCAAAAAACAAGGGUUAGUUUGUCUUCCGUUGAUCGAGACAAGAUUUCUUAAUAGUAAAGAAUAAAUCAUUAUUCGUCAUAAAUAUAUUCCCUUCUUUCUACGUAGGAUGGAUUGACGCCACUACUUAUUUCUUCAUAAAUAAUCUAUAUUAUUCUUCAUAAAUAUAUUUCCAUUAUACUUAGGAUGGAUUGACGCCACUACUUAUUUCUUCGAAAGAAGGAAAUUUGGACGUAAUCAAAUCAUUGAUGAGCCGUCAAGCUCGACUGGAUGCUUUUGAUCAAGUACGUCAAUAGUAAUAUGGUCUAAUGGAUGGAAUCAAUAAUAGCUGCACAGCUGAACAAGGGUGCUGAUGACACAUUAGCAGCGUCAGCGUCAAGAUCAGUACUUACAAUGAAGUCCCCUAUGUUAAUUCCUAUGUCUUCUUUCUCCAGAAAGGAAAAAGUCCUCUGCAUUUAUCAUGUGAACAUGAUGUUGAUGACACAUUAGCAGCGUCAGCUUAAAAUCAGUACUUACAAUGAAGUCCCCUAUGUUAAUUUUCUAUGUCUUCUUUCUCCAGAAAGGAAAAACUCCACUGCAUUUAUCAUGCGAACAUGGUCACAAAGAUGUCGUGCAAUUUCUCCUCAACUCUAAAGCAUACAUCAAUGCAAAAACAAAACUAGGACUUACUGCUCUUCAUCUUGCCGCUCAGAAAGGAUUCAAAGACAUCGUGGAGAUGUUGGUCACUUCGUUCAGUGCGAGUAUCGAUGCUUUAUCCUUGGUGAGUUGAGAGUUUUGCUCUGUACCCUGAAAGGGUCAAGUUUUCAUGUUGCUAUCUAAAUUUUAGGAAGGUAAAACUCCGCUGCAUCUGGCUGCUGAAGGAGGGAAGUUGGAAGUGUGUAAGAUCUUGCUACAUCUCAAAGCGGACACCUCGGCGACUGACAAUGUAUGUUUUGAAAUGUAGAUAUUGUUGGAUUACAACACUCGGCAUACCACUAUAUUUAUUAUUCUAUGAAUUUCAGAAAGGAAGAACUCCUUUGCAUUACGCUGCGCAGAAGGAUCAUUCUGACGUCAUCGAGUUUUUCUUGGAAAACCGUCCGCAGUUGGUGAACCAAGCCAAUGCUGUAAGUGACGUCAUCAUUGCUAAAUAUUCUAUGAACAGAUUCUGCAGUUGUUUUGAAAAGGUCGUUGGCCUAAUUUGUAUGUGUGUGUUUUAGGAGGGUGAAACGUGUGCUCACAUUGCUGCAGCCAAAGGAAGUGUGGCUGUUAUUAAAGAACUUUUGAAAUUGAAAGAUAUCCACAUGACAGAGAAGUUUACUACAGUACGUUCUCUUGUUUUCUUAUAGUAUUUCUUCAUUUUGUAAAUGGUCAUGUUAUCCAAUAAGAGCAAUUCCUAAAGUAAAGAGUAUUUCUAGUCUAAAAGGCUCAUUUCAACUGGUUUCGUAUUUUGAUAUCCAUUUCAUUGCCUUAAUAGUUUACUGAAAUGUGAUUUUUCUUAUGUUCAGGGAAGCAAUUCCACGCCCCUGCAUCUAGCGGCCAGCGGUGGCCAUACAGAGGUAGUACAAGUUUUGCUACAGAAUGGUGCUGACGCUACACCAAUGGAUAAGGUAGGAUGAUGAAGGAUUCACAUCGAUAAGUUAGGAUGAUUUAGAAUUAGCAAAAACUGAGCACAAUAUAUAUACCGUUAGUUUCCCCCUUUAACAAAUGCAUCCCACUUUGCUGGUACCAAACGUUUGUGGAGCUUUGGAACGCGAAGGAAAGAAUUGAGAAAACUCUCAUGUAAACUCUCGCUUCUCAACUCUCAUCUACGUUUGAGCAUGCAGGGCUUAACCCUGAGAGAGUUGAGAUCUGCUUAAGAUAUUGCAAAGCAGAACAGGCCUCAUCCGUUCACUAGUAAAUCCUAGCUGUAACCAAUGGAAAAUCAACUAACAUGCAAUAAAACAAACUCUGUGUUUUUCAUGUUUAGCAUGGUAUGACUGCCAUACAUUUAGCAGCGAAAAAUGGCCAUACUCGAGUCAUUGAAAUACUUAAAGAGAAAAUCCCAUUGGAUUAUGCAAGUCCUAAGGUGGGGGAAUGCGUUGUAUUGUUUGUGAAAGUUGUUGUGUUUUUGUUAAAUGUUAUAAAUUAUCCUGGUUCGAUUUUCGUGGUUGCUAACUCUGCUCAUUUCCGAGAUCCUAACCUCGUUUUCAUUCCAGACUGGUUUGUCAGCAAUUCACGUCGCAGCCCAAUAUGGUCGUACAGAAGUCGUGCGAGAAAUCUUACGUCAGGCAGACAUCGGAGAUAUAAGAAGCGAGGUUUGUUCUUCGUCUUGUCAUUCUGGUGGCGAGAAUAGACCAAUAUAGAAUGACGCGACUCAGGGUCGAAGACCCUACGAAAUACUCAGUUCUCAAAAUAUUCCCGCUUCUGUGUUGAGCGCUUUGUGAAAAAACAUUGUAAAACUCUUAGCUUAAAUGCCAGAAUAUUACUUGACCGCAAACCCGCCCUCCGCCGCCCGUAUCGGCCACUGACAGGGUUUUAUACUUCAUAUUAUUUGACAUUCAGGCAACAAAGACAAAGAAAGACGAUGAAGUAAGUAGAUUGUGUUUAGGGACUCGCUGAAUCAUUUGACAAAUUUGAAUUUCUAAUCCAACAUUAAUUAAAUUAUUUGUAAUCAUCGCGUUUCUUAGUAUGGUUACACCCCCCUCCAUCUCGCUGCAAGAUCUGGUAAUGAUCAAGUUGUUCGACUUCUUCUCAAUUCUCCCGGUGUUCGAGUCGAUACAUCCACUGCACAAAAUGUAAGUGUUAAGCAAAAUAAAGUAAUAGACUAUAGACAGGAAUGGAAAUAUAAAAGGCUGUUUUAAUAAACAAUGAUGAUAUUUCCCUCGGCCUUCUCAAAAUAUAAUCACGGGUAAUAUUUCGUCGAAUCUUCGCUACGGGUCAAAAAGUGAUAAUUAUCUCAUGACAUGACAUUGUAACAAAAUAAUUAUAUCUCUGUGUGUCGGAGUCGCACGAAUUUUGCUGGCAGUUAGGGCACAGAUCUGUGGUUAAGGUCUGAGUCUUGGCUUACAUUUCACAUUUUGUAAGGAAUGCCUGGCUAGAGCGAAAACGUUUCUAAUUUUAAGUUUUAUUUGCAGAGAUCACUUCCAUUGCACUUGGCGUCGAGCAGUGGUCAUGCUAACGUCGUUAGUUUACUGCUUAGUAAAUUUGCUCAUCAACUCGACACAAAAGACGCGAAAGGUCGGACGGCGUUUCAUCUUGCCGCCACCAAUGGUCAUCACAAUGUUCUCACGUUGCUUCUGGCACAGGGAGCCCAAAUUGACGCUGAAGAUGAGGUAAUGGCGUGUUGAGAAUAUGAUGAAUUAUGUUGAGUAAUCUAAUAUAAAUAUUCCUUCUCCAGGAUGGGUGGAUAGCUCUUCAUUUCUCGGCUCACUCUGGACACUUGCCUGUUGUCAAACAACUUAUUGAAUCUGGAAGUAAUCUCACGAAAGAAACUACCGUAAGUAAUUAUGAUACUUCAAGCUCUCGUAAGGCAGAUAUAUCAAAUUUCCGGUAACAUCAUUUGUAAUACAAAUCGUCAUUGAAAACGUCUGGGUAGAACCUCGGUCACAAGGGGCAUGUAGAAAUCACUGUGCCAUCAAGAAAGACUAUUAAGAAAUAAAAACUUGUUUGUUGUGUUGUUAGGAUGGUAAAGUUGCUGUUUGUUACGCCGCGCAUGCUGGUCACGUGACUGUGGUACGGUAUCUUCUAAACCUCAAAUUUGACGCGUCUCAUUUACUCAUGGAUAAAACGGUAAGACUUCACCUGUUGUACACAUUGUACAUGAAAACAAGGUCACUAAAGUGUCCUAAUUUGAUUUUCCCCGGGACGCAUGAAAGCAGACGAAUUCCAGCGCUGCUAAUCGUCCGAAUUUUCAUGUUUGCGCCAGGUUGUGGAAUUCAUGCAGUCGGAUCAGAACGUAGCUAGCUGAGACAAUCAGAAUUCCUAAAAGUAAACGCUUUUCUCGUAUUUCUAUUAUUUUGGGAGACAUUUCCCCCGCCAUUUCCCUAUACUCCUUGUAUUCCCCCAGGAUACAAUACAAAUUUAUCAACUCGUCCCCAAUAGCGUUGUCCGCAAUUGACGUCACGAAUAUUCGACCCCCCGCGAAGACUCAGACAAACAUUGGCAACAUUUAAUAUAAAUAGUAUUAUGAUUAAGAGCUUCCUGUGAGUUAGUUUGAUAGUUUGGUGUUUGUUUACGGUUUAUUUGUGCGAAAUCAUACACACCUUGUACUUUUCGCUUUACCUGAAGUGCCAGUGCAAAAUAUUUUUGCUUUGGAAGUAGAAAUAUACACUUUUUCGUCACUUUAGUAUCGACUGUCAUGUCGUUUCUAUCAUAGGCGGUGUCUACUGUAUUAUAAUAGUACAUGGUUUGGCGUAACUGUUGCUAUAAAGAGGCCAUAAAGAAAGGGUAUGCAAAAGAAAGGGCGAUAGAAAGUCUGUAGUAGCAGAUAUUUAACCGAAAAAAUCUCGUAGUCGUACCAGAUUUAAUUCGUAGCCCUAGCAUGUUUACACUAACUUAUAUUUUAAUACUCGCUUUAGCGUGCAUUAUUUUAUUACUUUAGACAUCUCUUUUAUUAAUAGUAAAGUCCUAAGCCAAAGAAGCUCGGAUUAUUUACUAUAAUCUAUUGACUACAUAUUCAACUUAUAAAAUACGGAUUUAUUAGGAAUGUAAUUAAAACUAAUACUGUCAAAGAUAACUCUACAAACUAUAUAAAAUCUCAAAUAUAAAAUCUUCCGUUGACCAGUAAAACUAUUUUGUUUUGACAAUACAACAAAAAUAUGUUGUUAUAAAAACAACAUUUUUAUUUAUCUAUUUUUAAAUAUUUGGUUUUGUAAAAUAGAGAACCGCCCUUUAACACUGUGUUAAUUAAUAGCCUAAUGCACCUAUCAAUGUAAUCCCGUGGGGGGGGGGGGAGGCCGGGACUAGGGAGGGGAUUUGACAAAAAUACGAGAAAACUAAUCAAAUGCCCGCAGGGGGGGAAGAAAAUUCCGGUCAAAUAAAGGUAACUUUCCCCACCCAAGGGAGAAGAGCUACAUAUUUUAAGCUUUUUAAAAACACCAAUUUACUUAUAAACAUCGAGCAAAACAAGGGAGAAUCAUUUUUAAUAAUAUGAAUUGACAUGAACAUAAAGGUCCGUUCACACUGGAGGCGAUGCUACAAUGCGAUGCUAUUUUCUGAUUUUCAUAAACAGAUAACUUUGAUCCUGGUUUAAAUUUAAACUUGCCUUUUAUACAAUUACGUAAAAACCACUGUAAAAAGCUUUGCAAAACAGCACUUUCGACCUCGCUUUCGACCUCGCUUUCGACUACGCUCAAAUGACCACGCUGGAUUUAAAUUUUACGCAUCACUGCUCAUGCGCAUUAAUAAGUUCAACCUGUGAGCAGACUGGGCGGAAUUCAAACCGCCCCAUCCUGGGGACAUGGAAGUUAGAAAACGUCCCAGGGAGGGGAUGAGUUUUGUCAUCAAACCCCCUAUACUGUCCCGGCCUCCCCCCCCCCCCACGGGGUUUACAUUGAUAAGUGCAUAACUUGGAAUCUUUCCUGGCACAAUAACAUAUAUUAUUAUUCCAUGCAGUUCGCCACUUUUAUACUGGCAGGCACACUGGUAUGUAGAUUAGUAGAUAUGACUAAAGCGUUAUUGCUAUACAUGGUUGUAGACACAGGUCAUUAGCUAGUCGCUUGGUAAUCAUGUGAAAUACCUCUCCUCUCACGAGGCAUUGUUGUACCGGGUGGCCCAAAAAAAAGUACUCCUGUUUGAUUCGUAAUAACUUCUAAACAAGUAAAGUUUUUAAAGAGAAAUAACUUGCAUUAAAUAGAGGAAGGACUAACUUAGAUUUUGAUAUAUUACAGUAGUAUUUAACUUAAAAAUUCACGGAGAUAUUAAUGUUAAAAAUGGGGAGCAUAUUUUGGAAUGUGUCUAAAAUUAGCGAAAAUCGGCAUAUCAAAUAUUAACUCCAGCGUUUGUUUGCUUAAUGACAUAUUAGGCUAACUUGUAUUUCAGCGAAUUAUCGUUAAGGUUUGUAAGGGAUAUGGCGUAGAUUUAGACAUCUUACAUGUAAGUCUUAGCUCAUUGUUUCCUGAAAUAUGAAUGUUCGAAAUUAUGCAAGUAUUUAAUAUUAGGUCUUUGCAAACUUAAAUGUACAUGAAAGACUGACCAUGGAAGGCAGGCGCUUAAAUUUUUCGUAUUCUUAAACGUGCUAGGAACACACGCGAAUUUCGGACGAAUGAAUCUUGCUUGUAUUUUGUAGAUAUAAUAAUACUUUGUUUCAUAAUAAACAAUUUGUCAAGUGUCAUUUAUUUACUGGUAAUAGUGCAUGUUUCAGUCGGGCAAAUCUUGAUUAAUAUUUGAUACGCCGAUUUUUGCAUAUUUCAGACACAUCCAGAAAUAUCCUCCCGAAUUUAAAGAUUAAUAUCUCCGUGAAUUUUUAAGUGAAAUACAACUGUAAUAUAUCAAAGUCUAAGUUAGUCCUUCCUCUAUUUGAUGCAAGUUAUUUCUCUUUAAAAGCUAUACUUGUUUAGAUGUUAUUACGAAUCAAACAGGAGUACUUUUUUUUGGGCCACCCGGUAUUAGACAAUAGACAAACGUUAUAAUGCGUCUAGUUUCGAGGCGAAGAAUAUUCUUGCCUUCCAUAGCCUUCGAUGCACUAACUAGCUACAAUCUUGGACAAAACCCUUGAGACCAUUCCAGCUAAUAUUACAAAGUUAUUGAACAUUGACAAAACAAACUUUGUCUCCCCCUCCCCCCCAGUUCAAUGUUGUGAACAACGCCGAAACAACUUUUGGUAAUAUACCAUGAUACAAGCUCAACAUUGAGUUGGGGGAGCGGGGGUUUAAGAAUGGCAACAUGAUUCAACAUGGAGUUUAUCAUAAAAAUACGCGAAUUUUCUAUAGGGGGAAAAUAGUCUCAACCAGUUAUGUCCAAGAUUGUAGCUAUUAAAAUUUGGUUUUAACUUGGCCAGUUGGUAACAUAACACCAGCCAAUCUGUGUAUACUAUACGACUAUUAAAACAACAUUGCUACAUGGUUGUACUUGUUUUAACCAUUAGCGCUAACUAUCAGGCAAACUGCAAACUUCAAGAAUCAAUAUUUUCGGAAAAACAAACACGCUCUUCUUUAAUUAGUGCUAUUACUUGUACUUAAAGUUGCAUAUUUCCAUCGCCCCAGCGACUUAACACUCCGUGGAGCGUCUUGUUAAUUAAAAAGUCAAACUGUCAAACCUUUAACUUGUCGUUGUUUAUAUUCCACAAUAUUGUAUAAAUUCGCUGGGUCCAAAUUUUGGGGUUUUCGAGUUGUUACACAAAGAAAAACACACUAAUUCAACACGCAAGAAAGGCCAGAGUGCAACACAAGUAAAAUCCAUAGGAAAGUCAUAAGGAAACCUGCACAAUUCUUUGAAAAUUCAACGAAACUGUGUGAAAUAUAUAUUAGAUCGCUCAGUGAAAAGCCGCCAUUUUGAAACUGAACUGAAUAUGUCACUGGAGAACGUUGCACCCUGAGCCUCCAUUUCUCGUCGAAAAAACCCCCAGAAAAAGAGGGAUUUAAGACACUUGGCCUACAGGCCAGUGUAAUGACAAAUUAGGCCUACGACAACUGUGAACUGAUUAACACAUAUUUGUGCAAUCUCGUACCCAGAGUAUGCCCGUUCGCAGGUUAGGUGCUGGGCAUGACUCUGGAGAAACGGAAUACCGGAUAUCCAAUUUUGGAUAUCCGGUUAGUUGUGCGCAUGCUCACGCUCAAACCGCAACACUGAAUUCGCGCGGGCGUCAUUAGUUGCAAUUAUAAAUAAAAUCGUAGAAUUCAUUCGAAAAUUUGAUACUUUUUACAUUGAAAUCAAUUGAAAAAGAUUCAUUUUCUUGUGCUAAAAGUUACAGAGUAAAUAUAUAUGCGGUGUAUAUAAACUAAUCAUUUUUAUGGAUUUCAUACGGUCAAGAAAUGGUAUCGAGAGACUUCGCAAGAAGGCCACUGACAGAGGUUUUAUAGAGGAUCUAGAUUAUUACAAACUAUUAGAUAUUUUUUAUAAUAUUAAAAUAUGCAGAAUGCUUUAUGGGCAACUGUGGACCUGUUAGCCUAUUUUCUUUAUUACAAUUACAUAGUGAUUAUAUAUAGAUAGAUUAUAUCAUAGAUAUACAUAUAUACAUAUAUACAUAUAUAUAUAUAUAAGGAAAUAAAGGAAGGAAAUAAAGUAAGCGAGACCUUGAGAAAAAAACUCAACAAAAAAUAUCGAAAUCAUAUAUAUAUAUAUAUAUAUAUAUAUAUAUAUAUAUAUAUAUAUAUAUAUAUAUAUAUAUAUAUAUAUAUAUAUAUAUAUAUAUAUAUAUAUAAAUCAAAAUUUAAGUUGGAUAUCGCUGAAUGACAAUAAACUUGUUUUAGUGUUGUCAUUGCUCUUUUAGUUUUGAUUUUUCAGCAAUUCAAACAGUCGUACUUUUUUCCCCACCCGGUAUAUAUAUCGGUCUAUACAGUAGACUGCCCACCCCUGCCCUCCUAAUCCACUGUUUCAACUCGCUGAAUACUCAUCCUAGGCAUGGAAGUCUUAAAUAUAUUUUUUUUUAGGUAUUUAGUGUAAAUGUGACAAAGUUGAACCUGGCAGGGGACAGAAUUGCAUUUGCUCAUAGGGUAUUGAAGACUGCCAACAUAUCUGAUUCUGAAUGUGAAAAGAAUGUUGCUGACGCAGUGUGUAAAGUUUCAAUUCCUGCUUGUUCCAAAGAUCAGACCAAGGUCGUAUCCUUCCUCAGCAAACAAGAUUGUCGUGAGAUCAUGGGCUGGUGAGUAUUAUAUGAAAUACAUACUGAUAUGCAUCAAAGAGAGCUAGACUAGGAAUUACUAUCACAAGAAAAGUGCUCCCUCGACAUCCUCACUAUAGAUCAACUGCAAAAAGACUGUCACACAUUGGGUCAUUUUGGGUUAUUGCGUGUUGUAUCUUCCCAAUGAUGACGUGAAGGAGUUAGACAGUUAGUACAUACUGCUUUAUCCUGAAAUAUCACCGAUGGCCUUCAAAUACAUUUCACAUGUAUUGCUCUUCAAAGAAACUAAUUUAGUCAGAGAGAUCAGAUAGCAAGAUAAUGCGACCGAAUGUAAAAAUAAAACGCAAAUGUAAAAAUAGAUUGCCGUGAGAUCAUGGUUUGUCGUGAGAUCAUCAUUGAUAAUUGUAUUUUAAUUGAAAAUUUUUUACUAUUAUUUUGUGCUUCUCAACCGGCAGACGCAUUUAAAAAGGUCGCGCUAACUGCAUGAACUUUGCUAAACUAGAAAAUAAAUAUAGGAAAAAAGCAAUUUUGAGGGGUUUUCAUCGCAAAUACGUGACAAAAAAUCAUCUUAACUUGUUAAUUUUUUUUCUUCCAAAUGUAGUGUCAACAAAACAAAUGAUGCCAACUCGAUACAGCAAGCCCACGGUUUAUGUGACCACUUGCCAGAUGGUACAACAGCAAAGAAAUAUUCCCUGGAUAAUGUCUACGACAAUAAAGCAGCUGUUCACGCCAUGGCAUUCAGCACAAUUUUGUUCAUUGCCAUCCUUGUCGCUGAAAGUUUCUUCUAG